UCAUUGGUAGAGCUGACAGGACAUGGACUGCAGAUGUGAUGGGUCUGUGGUUCUAGGGAACACUGUGACUUAUGAAUCAGAAAUGGUGUUAAUGACUGUGUUCCCCAGUGGAGCUGACAAAUGGAUACCUCAUCACGUCUGACUCACCACAGGACUACAAACCCCACACCCCAGAGUCCUGUUGAAGGUUUUCUGAUUUUGUCACAGAAAAUAGAAACUGGAAAAGUGGAACGUUCAACGUGACUGCAGCCAGCUGACUUAGUUGACCAAGUUGUUGUUUAUUGUACAUUCGUCAUAAACCUUACAGACUUUUUUUAAUACAAGAACAAGCUAUCGAUCGGCUUCGUGUUUAGGAUUUACCCACUCCUUAGUCGUGUUUAAGCCAACUGCAUCUAUCUGACAACUUUUAUCUGUACAUGAUGCCGGUCAGUUGCCUUAACUGAAAAUACAGUUGCAUGUGAAUUGUAGUCGCUCUUACCAUGGGAUAGCAGUUCAUUGACCUCCGCUGAAGUGACCGCUCUCUGAACAUGGUGGUAACUCGUCUGGAGCUGGAGCUACGCUACCAAGGCAAGAAGCUACGAGGCGUGACAUGGAAGUUGACUCGAUCGGAACAUGGUUUCCUACCGGAGAGCUCCUGGCUCAUCGCCGCCCAGGUUAUAGUGCCAUACCUGGUGUCGGGACUUGGGAUGGUCUCGGCUGGUAUCGUUAUGGAUCUUAUACAACACUGGGAGGUGUUCAAGGUGAUCACUGAGGUAUUCAUCCUGGUGCCGGCGUUGGUCGGACUCAAGGGAAACCUGGAGAUGACGCUGGCCGCCCGCCUUUCCACCGCCGCAAACACCGGCCAAAUGGAUGAUCCGGAUAAACAGUGGGUCAUGGUCUACAGCAACCUGGCUCUGAUACAGGUUCAGGCCACCGUGGUGGGUUUCCUGGCUGCAGUUGCUGCUGUGUGUUUGGGGGCGAUAUCGAGGGGGGGCAUUGAACUGGACCAGGCCGCCGUCCUCUGUGCCAGCAGCAUCACCACAGCAUUCGUAGCUGCUCUGUCCUUAGGUCUGGUCAUGAUCGGAGUCAUUAUCGGGUCCAGGAAGGUGGGCAUCAACCCGGACAACGUAGCCACCCCCAUCGCUGCCAGUCUGGGCGACCUGAUCACCCUGUCCCUGCUGGCCGGGGUCAGCAGCACCCUGUACGAGUACAUAGACAUCUGGUACCUGUCCCCUCUGGUGUGUCUGAUCUUCCUGUGUCUGAUUCCACUGUGGGUGGUGGUGGCCCGACAGAGUCCUCAGAUCAGGGAGGUUCUCCGCUCAGGGUGGCAGCCGGUGAUCGUAGCCAUGUCCAUCAGCAGUUUUGGAGGCCUUAUUCUGGACAAGACAGUGAGUGAUCCCAACUUCGAGGGUAUGGCCGUCUUUACACCCGUCAUUAAUGGAGUUGGUGGUAACCUGGUGGCCAUCCAGGCCAGUAGGAUAUCGACGUAUCUGCACUUCUGGAGCAUCCCAGGUGUUCUUCCCUACAAGAUGAGGCAGUACUGGCCCAAUCCGUGCAUCACCUUCUUCUCCUCAGGGGUGAACUCCAAGUCAGCCCGGGUGCUGCUGAUGCUGGUUGUCCCUGGUCACAUGGUCUUCCUCUACGCCAUCUCGUUGCUGCAAGGUGAUGAAGCCCCGAUUUCCACAGCCUUCGUCAUCUGCUACCUGUGUGCUGCUCUGCUGCAGGUGAGCAUUCUCCUGUAUGUGGCCGACCUCAUCGUCCGUAUGAUGUGGAGACGGAGCCUGGAUCCUGAUAACUUCUCCAUCCCCUACCUGACGGCCCUGGGGGACCUGCUGGGCACCGGCUUCCUGGCCUUAUGCUUCCGCUGUGUAUCACUGAUUCAGAGCCUUGGCCUCUGAAUGUUUAUCCCUGGGCUCUAACCAGCCACUAUGUUGUUGCAUCAGUUUUGUUUACUCAUUGUAGUGUACAGAAAUGCUUUUGAUUGGACAAUAAAGCAUUUUGUGGAUUUAUCACUGGGCCAGUACAUAUCAGAAGGUCCACCUUUAUCACACAUGGACCAUAGUCACAUAGUGGCCAUUUUCCUCUGAUAUUCAGUUCAAGGUGGGAAACUCAAAUGCUGUUAUCAACAGGAUGGUCACACCACAACAAAAAAUAUGAAAAAUCACUAUCACUUCACUGGAUACUGAAAAUCUGGAGGGAUAUCACACCAUAAUUCUAAUUAAAACAGUUUAGAACCCAUUAGACGACAGCUAAUGUAACCACUACUUGGCUAACAUUAUUAUCCAAUUCCUGGUAUUGUAGGAAGGUGUUAAAUAUAAAAUAUCUGAAUCCUUGAGACAAUUCUCAGAAUUAAUUUACACCUUUCCAACAUCAGCUCUACAAUGGUUGAGGGCUAAUGUUAGCUGCUUUUGCCAACAGUUUGUAAUGUUAUUUGACGUUUGAAAUGUGUCUUGGAAUCCAUCCAGAUUUUCAAUUCCAUUUUCUUUGAAGUGAUAAUAAUCCUCAACUAAAACGUUACUCUUAUUUUCAGGGCAAGACAGCCUAAUGAUACUUUGAACUUUGUCAAGAUGCUGCUUCUUUUGGAUGACUAGUUUACUAUCAUUCCUCAUUACCUGUUCAUCCGACACAUACUCCUAUAGUUUUUUCGCUAAAGCAAUCUCUCAACUCGCUCUUUUUGCUUAUGAUUAUGUCGCAACUUCCACUUGAUAUUUUAACAGCAGGAUGCAAUUACAACAUAUCAGCUGUUGAGUAGCGUUUGACUUUUGUUACCAAGGCCUUUACUGUGAACAUGUUUGGUCUGUUUGUGAACAUUUGGGUGAUUCUGUGGAUUUCAUACAGGCAGACUUUAAAUGGUCCAUAUUUGGACAGGCUGUACUAUGCAUUACAACUAGAAAUGGUAAAAAUUGAGAAAUAUGGUAACUGGAAUCAGCUAAAUUCAAGUUAUUCCUCAUUUUAACUGUAGAUUAGAUGUUGGUGGCAUGGAGGUUAAGUGAAACAUCUGUCUGGAAUCUUAAGAAAACCUUUACCUUAUUUUUAAUCGAUAUCAUGUUCUGAAACAGACCAUAUGCAGGAAAUGGUAUUGUCACAGGUUCUGUACAGCAAAGUUCACAGACAGAUGGUGCUUUGCUUUGGAGCUGUACUGACUGAUGUGAAGUCUGAAAACUGUAGAAGGCAGGACUCCAAACUUGAUGCAUUAUACUAUCAAACAGCAUACAUAACAAGAAUUAAAAGUUUGAUAAAGAAAAAAAGAAUAGGAUUUAUUGUACAAAAUCACAUGAUAUGUCACUAAAAAUUGCCACUAUUCACAAAUCAAUGUAACACUUAACUAUUGGCACAUGUUCCACUGUGAGCUCCACCCACUGCAACAUGGUAAAAUGUCAACAAAAAUCCAAACAAGUACAGUUUAGCCCAAAACUGACACAAAAUUCCUACAGGUUGUC